AUGGCUGAUGCACUCGUUGGUGCCACGAUAACGCGUACUUUAGAGAAGGCAAUUGCCCUUGCGACUGACCAAGUUGGGAUGGUGAUUGGAUUCAAGAAUGAUCUGGAGAGAUUUAAAGAUUCAGCAGCCAUGAUCCUUGCUUUCUUGGCCGAUGCUGAGGAGAAGAAACCGAUGCAACGGGCAGUGCAACUAUGGCUGAAGAGGCUUGAACGAGUUUCUUUUGAUGCUGAUAAUGUGUUGGAUGAGCUCAACUAUCAUAAUCUAUGUCGACGGGUGGAAAUUAGAGAUCAGUUCAUGGGAAAGGUACGCUUCUUCUUCCUCUCUAAGCCUGUUAGUUUUCGUUGGAGGAUGGCCAGGAAGAUCAAGGACAUUAACCUGAAGUUGAAAAUGAUUAAUGAAGAAGCAAUUAGCUUUGGACUUGUGUCCCAGAUGGGAAAUGAUGCAACUGCAUCUGAAAUUUCUGCUAUUUCUGGAGGCCUAAUAACUAGAGAGAAAGACUCCAUUGUAGGUCAAAAUAUUGUAGGAAGAGCCAAUGAUGCAUCAAAUAUAGUGGAGAUAUUGUUAGGCUCUUCUGCAAAAGUUGUUUCUGUUAUUCCCAUUACGGGCAUGGGUGGAUUAGGAAAAACAACUUUGGCACAGUUAGUGUUUAAUGAUCAACAAGUUGACAAACACUUUGAUAAAAAGAUCUGGAUAUGUGUGUCUGAAAAUUUUGAAGUUACACGGCUAUUUAAGCUAAUCUUGGAAUCAUUGACAAGUAGAAAAGUUGAAGUAGCCAAUAGGGAUGUUAUUGUCCAAGAAAUUCGAAAAGAAUUCCAGACAAAAGAUAUCUUAUUGUACUUGAUGAUGUGUGGAACGAAGUAUCCACCUUGUGGGAUGAAUUUUUCCAGUCAUUGGUCGGAAUCAGCACAACCAAUGGAAAUUGUUCCAAGUGGAGAAAAACCAGAAGAAUUGCGAGUGAUAAGAAAGAAACUCACAAACAAGUGUGGUGGCCUACCACUAGCUGCUAGUGUCAUUGGUGGUUUGUUACGUAUCAAGAGAAAAGAGGAGUGGCUCUCAGCUGUGGAGAAAGGAAUCAUGAGUUUGACUGGAGAUGAAAAUAGUGUCUUGCAAAUACUUAAGUUGAGCUUUGAUAAUUUGCCAUCGCUAGCCAUUAAAAAAUGUUUUGUAUAUUGUUCUAUAUUUGGUAAGGAUUGUGACAUAGAGAGGGAGCAGAUAAUCCAGCUUUGGAUGGCAGAAGGUUUUCUUGAGUCAAAUCUCAACAAUCAAACAGUAAUGGAGGAAAUAGGACACAAGUAUUUUUCAAUUUUGUUGCUGAGUUCCUUGAUACAAGAAGUAAGAAAGGAGGAAAUUAUAUGUGGCAGAAUGCAUGAUCAUGUGCAUGAUCUAGCAGAAUCAUUUUGGAGGUCUAAAUGCAUUGAUUUGGAGAAUGGUAUAGCAGACAACAGUUCUGAAGUUCGCCACCUAGUAUUAGACUCCAUAGAAGGAAAAACAAGUAAAAUCUCAAAAGACAUGUCAAGAUCACUUCGUACAUUGUUUUUGGGGAGUAGUAUAUCUAGUGAUAUGCUAUCAAAGUUCAAGUAUUUGCAUGUUUUAAAUCUGUCUCGAGCAAGGAUUGAAUUGGUGCCAACCUCCACUGGCAAACUAAUACAUUUGAGGUAUCUUGACCUUUCAUAUUCUAGAAUAAAAACUCUGCCAGAAUGUAUUUUAAGGCUUUAUAAUCUGCAGACACUAAGGAUGUAUUCAUGCCCAGCUCUAAAAGAUCUUCCAGAAGGGAUGAGCAGUUUGAUCAACUUAAGACAUCUCUGCUAUUAUAAUGAUGCCAAAUUUCUUAUGCCAAAGCACAUGGGACUUUUAACUUGUCUUCAAACUCUGAAGUUCUUUAAUGUUGGUGAAGAGAAGGGUCGUCACAUUGAAGAGCUAGGAUGCUUGGAAAACCUUAGAGGUGGACUGGAAAUACGCAAUCUUGAACUAGUAAACGGUAAAGAAGGAGCUCAACAGGCAAACCUAUUUGGAAAGGUAAAUCUGCAUGAGUUGCAUUUUAAGUGGGGUAAAACUCGAGACAGUGACAGUGAUGAUGAAAAUGUGCUUGAAGGCCUCCAACCCCACCCAAAUCUGCAGGUGUUAGUAAUUGAAAAUUACAUUGGCGAUCAUUUUCCAUCAUGGUUCAUGAAUUUAUCAGCAAGCUUCAAAUUAACAAGAUUGUGCUUGACGGAUUGCAGAAGAUGUACAGAAAUUCCUGCUCUUGGCCAACUGCCCCUUCUUCAAGACCUCAAAUUGCUUGCACUGCAAACUGUGAGAAGCAUUGGGCUUUCAUUCUAUGGCAUUAGUGAUCACAGCACAUUAGGAAGCUACAGCACUGCCAGUCAAGGCCCAAGGAAUCUGUUUCCCGUCCUGAAAAAUCUUUAUCUAGGCAAUAUGAGGAACCUGAUUGAGUGGAUGGAACCAACAGCAAAGCCAGUAGGAUUUGAACAAUUUGAGGUCUUUCCCAUCCUUGAGACUUUGACUAUUAGCAAUUGCACCCAAUUGACGACAGCUCCAAGUCAUUUCCCAAGUCUUGAGAAACUGAUAGUCAAAAAUAGUUACCAGUUUUUGCCUGUACAAAAUAUUCUUAGUAAAGUAACCGGUCUGUUGACCCUCUCGAUCACAGGUAUGGAUGACCUCACUUGUGUUUCAAAUCUUCUAGUGCAUAACAAUAAAAAUUUACAAUCUCUAAGAUUGCAAACUUGUCCUAAUUUAAAGUGUGUGCGGGGCUGUGGCACUUCUCUUAGAGAGUUGGAUAUCAAAGAUUGUGAAAAUCUAAGGGAGUUGCCAGAAGACUUGUAUGAGUUUCAGUUUCUGCAAACCUUGUCAAUAGAUGGAUGUCCGAGUCUCGAGGCAUUUCCAUUUCCUAGUGAACUAGUACAGCUCACUUCUUUCCAACGUUUGAUGAUGUUUCCCAAUGUACAGCAAAGGCUCACUUCUCUCCAAAAUGUGAGAAUUUGUCACUGUGACAGGUUAAAAGAUCUACCAGGUGAAAUGCUGGAGUCAUGCAAAUCACUCAGGGUGUUGACUGUGUAUGAUUGCCCCAGCUUAAGGGAAUUGUCUAUUGGUCCGCUCUCAGAUUCAGUUGAAUUUGACUGGUUAGAACUAGCUUCAUCAUCUCUUCGUGAACUAGCAUUGUUUGGAGGGCCUCACCUGGAUUACUUGCCAGAGCAGCUCCAAGAUCUCACUGGCCUUACAGAACUUAGUCUACAUGACUUUGGAAUAGAAGCUUUGCCAGAUUGGUUUGGGAAUCUUGAGUCACUUGAACAAUUAAUUGUGUCAGGUUGUGAAAAGCUUCGAUAUAUUCCAUCCAUGGCUGUCAUGAGGCGCCUCACCAAGCUAAGAUCACUGUCAAUUAAUGGCUGGCCUUUGUUAGAGGAAGGAUGCUCUGCUCAGAGCGUCUUCAACUUCCAGUGGUCAGGGAUUUCUCACAUACCUGAUCUUAGCAACAAUUUCUGGUAUUAUCAAUUUCAUGAACUUCCAAAUUUUCUCUAA